AUGUCCGUCGACACACAGAGCGUCAUUUCUGAUGAGCAGGGCGAACGAAGCCAAAAUAACAAAUAUAGUAGACGCAAUACGGAACGUCAGCAACAAAUUGACAUUGACUCGAUAAUAUCCUCCAACAAGGCCACAAUACGUGAUAUUCUAAAUCAUUUCAACACUCAACAAGACACUUCUUUGCUACAAGGGACUCUUUCAUUUUGUAAUUCGAAAUUCACUUCGUUUAUAUUGGGAAAUCUUUCCGAAGAAUAUACAGCGUCUAAAGAAUUGACACUUUCCGAGGGGGGUAUUCUUGUCAAUGAUAGAAACGACACACCUUCAAACUCGCUAGGGAAUAUUGUUGAUAGAGUUUGGAUCGAAAUUCAUCAUCCGGCUAUUAAAUAUUUUCAAAAUGCCUUUUAUCAGUUGAGUAAACCCACUAAGGAUGCACAUGAUCAAGGCCAUUAUUCCGGUUCAAAUACAAAGCGUCAUGCUAACAAGUACGGCAAGACGAGUAACAAUGGUGGCAAUGAAACCGGAAAUGGAAAUGGAAACUUAUUUGUUGAAUAUAGAAAGCUGUUUGAGAAAUUUGUUAAAUUCAUCUCCAAAGCCCAUGAUUUCUAUUUUUUCAUCUUGAAGUCCAUCUUGAAUACUUAUGACUUAUCCGUUUUUAUUCCGGUGAAGAAAAUAUGUUCAACUUUGAAAAUCGAUCUAACUUCAGUCUCUGAAUCAAAGGAUGCUAGGUUGUCACUCUUAGAUCCAGGGAUGAAUCAUUUGGCGUCAACCAUAAUCUAUUUAACUCAUAAAUGUGUUUUGUUUAUUGGAGACUUAUCGAGGUAUCGGACUCUAGUGGCGAAAACGUAUUUACCAGCAACAUCAAUUUCAAAGGAGGAUAAUAACAAUUAUUCCAAAUCGAUUGAGCUUUACAAAUUAUCUUUAUUAAUUUUACCUUCUCUUGGUGACCCCUACAACCAUAUUGCCAUUAUCGAUAAUUUGAAAGACGAUAAAUUCAACGUCAUCUAUAACUUUAUUAGGGCCUCCUUAACUUCAUCUCCCUUGACAAUUGCGUAUUCUAAUUUACUCAAUUUGCUGAACAAAAAUGCAAAGAACAAUUCAAUUCUGAAAAAGUUUGAGCAGCUGAAUUCAUUGGAUAGAUCAACGAUUACCAAGAAUGAUCGGUUAAGUUUAUUAAAGUCACAGUUCUUAAUUUUAUUCAAUUAUCACUUAUUGCCUUCCAAAUGGAGAUUAAAGCCUGGUUUCUUAAUAACAGGACAUCCUAUUGACAUAAUUGAAUCAGAUUUUUAUUAUUUACUCUCUAUUUUAGAUUUCCAUAAACAAAUAUUCAACGAUUUUUAUUUUAAGCAGCUGGUCAUACUUACAGGUGGAUUUGAAUUGUUGAUUGACUCAAAAAACUUGAACAAUAAUUCAAAUCUGACGCAAUCAACUGAAAUUCUUUCUGAUUACUUAAACUUUAUCUUCAGAUACUUAGAAACAUUUCUUAAAAUUUGCAUAAAAAUUUGCCGGUGUAAUCAUAAGGAUGACAUUUCCAUGAUGUCAACAAUUAAUACCAAUAUUACCGGAGAUACUCCACCCUCUUCUGCAUCGUCAUUUUCUGCCAAUCAAAAGUUUUCAAUGUCUUUUUCCACAUCUCUGUUACCCGUUCUAAGACUAUUACUUUGCUGGUUCAAAGAAAGAGAAAUCGCAAGACUUUAUUUAAGGGAGAAUAAUAAUGUUGCUAGUCUACUUGCGCAAUUAGUGAACGCUUCGCUUGAUUACGUUGGCAAUUCUGCAAAUAUACCAUAUCUUAAAUCUAUUUAUCCAAUGGCACUUCAAGGUGAGCCACUAGUCAAAGCGUUGUCUGACAAACCUAGACGUAAGAGGUUGUUCAAAGAAGAUGUUGCCUUAAGAGAAUUCAAGCCAAUCAAUUACCUAUUAACUGAUUUUGAAGAUUCACAUUUGUAUCAUAAGGAUGCUAAAUCAGUUUUGACUUUAAUUGGCGAAUUGCCAGAAACAUUACCACCAUCUACCCUAGAUAGCAAAACUGAUGUGAAUGGCGCAGACAUGUCGAACAAUUCAGUUAAUGGACUCUCAAUCAAAAUCAAUGACAAUCUGUUGAGAUUAAUUGCCGUCAUUGUCUUAGGCAAACAGUUAGUUAUAGAGAAUUCAGAUACAAUCAAAUGGUACGAACCGGAUCCUGGUAGCGAUGAUAAUGUUGACGUUGCUGCGCAAGAAGUCAAUAUCGAAAACGAGUCCAAUAAGCUAGGUCAUUUUGUUAUUGAUGAAGAAAUUGAUAUAGAAAUUACUGAACCGAAAAUUAUUAGUUGUAAUAAAAAAGUCAAUGACAAGACUAAAGCCAGUAAUAACAAAUCCAAAAAUAAGAAAAAAGAAAAAGAUACUUCUUUCUACAAUAAUAAUUCAAACGCCAAUGGUCCUGUUAGAUUGAAUGAGAAUCUUAAAGGCUCUGUGCCAAUGGUAUAUGCAGGUAGUUCGUUUAGUAACUUUGGGGCUCCACCGCCUGGCUCAUUUGGAAAGUUUAAUAAGCUCAAGAAGAAACAAAAUACCAGUAAAGGUCUCAAAAGGCCGCAAAGCUCGAGCUCUAUCAACUCACCAUCAAAUAAGGUACAUGCAGAGCCACACCCUAAUAAAUCUUCAGGCACUACCAAAAAUGUCAUUAACAAUGAACCAGAAGGGUCUGAAUCACAUUCGAAGUAUAUUAGUAUGGUUGAUUCUAUUAUUAAUGAAGAUGUUAAUGAUAGAUCUUUCAAUAAAGAUUCGGAAAGUAUCAAAGAUCAGCACGAACAACCAGAUAGUCAUGUUUCUAGUAACCAUGUCGAUGUUUCAAAAUCCAAUGAGUUUUCUGUUAGUAAUAUAGGUAUCACUGACGACAAUUCACGUUCUCUACAAAAUAUGGAUUACUCGCAAUCCAAUUCAUCUAUUAACGAAAAACUAUCAUUAUUGAGUAAUAAUGAUCAUACGGGAGAUGGUAAUUAUUCAAACUUUUUCAGUAAGUGGAAUCCAAUCGAAAAUAAUACUAGCAAUAGUAGUUUUGAAGGGAAUUUCAGGUCGACAUCUCAAUCGCAACCUGAGUCUCGACCUUCGACACAAAGAGAAUCACAAGCAAAUGUUAUGAAUCAAUUGAAUCAAAUGAAUUUGAUGAAUAACUUCCAAGGUUAUAAUUUCAACGAUGUCAAUAGAUAUCAGAAUGUAAAUAACUUCCACUCAAUGAGCAACAUUGAUAAUUAUAAUAAUGUGAAUAUGGGUAUGAAUUAUAAUCAUUACCAUAUGAAUCUGAACAACUUGAUGAACAUGCCAUUAAAUGGUUCUAGUAUGAAUGGUUUCGAAAAUAACUUGCACUUAAACCAAAUGAACAAUAACCAUGAUUUUAAUCAGUUUGGCAAUGUCAAUAAUAUGAUGAUGGAUGGUCUUAACAACAUGAACGGGAUGGCGUCGCUACAAAAUUAUAAUCCAAUGAUGAUGGGUUUCAAUAUGCCGGACGUGAGUGUUCUCAAAUUGAAUGACACGAAUCGUCAGCAUCCCUUGUUCGAAGAUGGCACAGGAUCGAGCAGUACAGGAGAUGACGCAGGAUCUAACAAAGGAUAA